AUGGCGCCGAGCCCCAGGGGAUCUUGUGGACAUGUUCGCUGGAUCGUCUUGGCUGUCGCAGUCCUGGGGCUGCUCUUUACAAGGCAGGGCGGCCUGUACCCGAAAACGUUGUGGGUCUGCAGCGGGGCUGAGUCUGCCGGCGACUGCUUCGGGCACAGCGCCGGGAGCAAGUCCGCGAUCAUGCCCAGGCUCGUCAGUAUUAUCCAGCCUGGUGACGCGGUGGAGGAGCUGCGGCGCGGCGCUCGCAGGUUGGACUUCGACGAGGCGAUGCCAGCGGCGCGGAGGCACUACUGCCCAGUACCAGGUUGCCCGCGUGCGGUCCCGGUAUCUUCGCCAGGCUGGCUUUCGUUGGCGGCCAUGCGGCCUCACUUGCACCAGCACGCAUUUGGCCGGCUUCAGGGCGACAUCCCAUCGGAGUUCCUGUCCAGCCACGGCCUGACGCAGUGCGAGGCUCGGGAUAGCGACGCUGCGAAGAUAGCACUCCCGAGGCCCAUCCACGCAGCAGCGGCAGCUCAGGUGUUCGGCGCCUCCCACCUUGGCGUCGGCGCCAAGCUGGGGUGCGAGGCCAUCGUUGACACCGUUCGGGCUUGGUUGUCGCGCAACCCGACCUGCUCUGAGCCUCGUCGCGCUCGACCUCAGCAGCGCAGUCGACGCAGUCGACAGGUCAGCAGUGUUGGCCGCGACCCGGAGAUGGCGCCCACCUUGGGCACCGUGGGCGGACUUGUGCUACAGAAGCAGCAGCAUGCUGCGGUCGGGUGGGCGAGCGGCUCCAGAGCGCCAGAGGCGUUCAGCAGGUUAUUCCCGGGCGAACUAGAGCUGCGCGCGUUCUACUACUUGGACGAGUGGUGCGACGGGCGGGACAGCCCGGACCGCGUCGGAAUUCUGCAGCCAGCUCAAACGCCUCCUGGCCGGAUUGGCUUGGAGUUGAUUCCGUCGACGUGCGAGGUCGUUCCAGCCGCUCGCGACCACCCGUUGCGCAGCGAGGCGUUCCCAGGUUUCGCGCGGCACGCGGACGGCAAUUUUAAGCUGUUGGGCGCGGCCUUCGGCACGGAUUCCCUCUGCACGUCGCGCGCGAUCGAGCGGGGGGGGCAGGCGGCCGAUCUGCUUGCCCAGGUGCAGGACGUGGAGCACUGCCAGGAGGGGCUGCUCCUGAUGCGGGCCUGCGCGAGCUUCUGUAAGCUCGCGCACUCGGCUAGGCGGCAGUGGUUUCGCAGAGAGCCUGCGCAGGCCUGCGGACACCUGGCUGCUUCGGGCGAGGCUCUCCACUUCGCAUGCACUCCGGGGCUUCGCGGCGACUUCCUGGAGAGGUCUGCCGUAGCCGGCGGGGCGGCCAUCACAGCUCACGGGCACUCCAAGCGCUCGUUCAAGGACGCGGACAAUGAGCGUUCGACCGCCGGAUUCGAGUUCACGCCCGUGACCCUGGAGUCUCACGGUGGUGGCUGGAGCCCCUUGGCCCGCGGCGUCCUCCAGGACAGGAACACCUGCCAGAUUCGCUGCGAGCUGGCCACCAAGUUGGAGGGCAAGCCCCGCGCGAUCAGGAUCUGGCUCGGCGUGGCCCUUCUCCAGGACUACCCGUGGACAUCAACGAAGGCCAACGAUUGCCAGAUGUUCGAUUACGUCUCCAGCAACGGGCUCCAGAAAUUCUUGCAGAAGCGCAAGCUACGGAAGGGCGGCCCUGGGCAGCUGGCGGAUGCCUUGUCGGUCGGCUUCGUGGAGCUCCUCAAGGGCCUCACGAACUUCGACCCGGAGCAGCGCUUCUCGCUCGGCGAGACCACGGGGCCUUCGGCCCAGAGGAGGUCCGUGUGGACGUGCAGGUGGCUGCAGGGGAUGACGCCCGAUGAUGGGUGGAAUGGGAAGUGCUGACGCACAGUGUUCGCCGAUUGGCAUUCUUCUUUAUCAACAUAGCGAUGGAACGUCGAAUUUGAGAAUUUGACGAUAACAAACACCUCGACGGCAGGCCAGAGCCCAACGCACGGCGGAGGGCCGUCGCGGCUGGUCCAAAUCGUUGCAGUCUCAGUGCUAUUUGCAGUGAGGUGUCUCUUUAUACACGUUUCACCUCGCUGCGAACUGCCCCCCGCGCCCGCCACCAUGUUUUGUGUCCUGUCGCUUGUAGUCCAGGCUUCCUUUUAUCUUGUCACGGUCGAUGGAUGUUUUAGCUUCCCUCGGUUCCCUGCCUGCCGAGCGGGCAGAUGGCAGAUUUUUGAAGGAUCAGCGCUUACGCCGCAGAUCCACGUGUCAACUGGCCGGUGGAGUACAGACAGGCACUCCAGUUCCUCCGACUUCUGCUCGUGCCUCCUCUCAGGGUGCAAUCCUCCUCUGCUCCGUUCCAUCCCGAUGGCAGCUGAGUCAUGCUGGGUAGUUCCCGCCCCACCUUCUGCAGCUCCUGCAGAGCAGUUCUCCAUGCCAUGCCACGGCGCGCGUCUGGCCAAAGAGUCUGCGUAGAUUUGUGGGUGCCAGGCUGUGCUCACUCGGGAGUCCCGGGAGUCCCUUUCCGACCAAUGUAUCUCCUUCUGGCGCCGCUGUUGUCGACACGACGACGCAAUUUGCGUGGCACGGUCGCCCGUGCCAGCCGUUUUUGGCAAGCACGCUGCCCUCUCCCUCCUCCUCGUCAUCCCUCCUCAUCGUUCCGGCAUUGUCUCACGAGUUUAGCGGCAAUGCGCGUAGCUAAACAAUGCAAUAUGGCGUGUGAGAUGUGUGCGGCUGUGGGCAGGUGCGUUUCUUCAACCGCGCAAUCGUCGAGGUGGUCGGACCACGGAUCGCUGCCAUCCCGGCUGCUUCCGCCUGAGGCUCGGGCCGCAGCGGCGCAGCCGGGGCCUGGGCGCGAGUCGGUUUAGGGCCCGGGCACCGGCACCGGCACUGGCGCUGCGGCCGACAGCGCUCCCCGGUUGGAGCCAGCUGGGGGUCUGAGGCGGCCCAUCUAUCGGGAGCGCCCAGCACUUGGCUCCGGCGAGCAGCCGCCUCGAACUUCACGGUGCGCUGGCGCAGUGGAGCUGGUGCCAUCUCUCGGCAGCGUACACGCCAGGGACCGAUUCGGAAUCGGCAUCGGGGACAA